GGGCCGGGCCGUGCGCCGCUCCCGUGAGCCCGCAGCCCCGCUCCGCUGCCCCGGGCCAUGAGCCGCGCCGAGGCCGAGCCCUGCCCCCGGGCGCUGGCCCAGGCCCGCGCCUACCUGGGGCAGCGGCGGGGCCGUGCGGGCCCGGCGGGGCCCGAGGGCGGCGGGCGCCGGGAUUACCUGGUGGAGGCUGCGCGGCAGCUGCGGCUGGCGCUGGAGCGGGACGUCAGCGAGGACUACGAGGAGGCCUUCAACCACUACCAGAACGGCGUGGACGUGCUGCUCCGCGGCGUGCAGGUUGACCCCAACAAGGAGCGUCGGGAGGCCGUGAAGCGGAAGAUCACCCAGUACCUGCGGCGUGCCGAGGAGAUCUUCAAUUGCCACCUGCAGCGGGCGGCGGGCGGUGCCAGCACCACUGCCACGGGCUACAGCAGCCUGAGCUUCCGGCCCAUCAGGACCCUGAGCUCAGCAGUGGAGAACCUGAGGCGCUGUAAGGUUGUGGGAGUGAUUGAUAAGGUGCAGAUUGUCCAGGAUCCAGCCACUGGUGAGACCUUUAUACUCAAGAGCCUCCCCAAAUCCCACGUUGAGACCCGUAAGCGACAGACCAUCAUCCCUCAUGGGGUCCCCUUCAUGGUCAAGCUGUUGUGCUACUAUGUGAGUGAGGACUCCAUCUUCCUCCAUCUGGAGCACGUUCAGGGAGAGACACUGUGGUCUCACCUCCGCUCCAAGUAUUGUGUCCAGCAGGACUGUGCUGAUGCAAGCACCAUUCAAACCCUGAGGGACCAUGGCACAGAGGAUGGUGUGGGAAACUCCCAGGGUGGCAGCCAAGUAUCCAUCCUCCCUGUUUGGAAAGGCAGUGGCCUCCCAGGCUCUGUGAACUACCAAGUGUUGGGAAACACGGAUGCCUCACUCCCUCAGGAGCAGUCCCCUGGCAACACAGACUCUGGCUCAGGGAACCACUGCCAGCUUCUCCUGGCUCCUGCUGGUGGCAGAGGGGCUGCACCUGGAGGACAGGAUCUGAGUGUGGCACAGACUGUGUCUGGUGUUGUGGACCAUUUUCCAGCAGCGUCAGCCAAAUGUCCUGGCCACCUCGACAGCCAGCAGGGCCUGGUUGUUUACCCAUGGAAUGAUCUAACCAGUGGCACAGGCUGCAUAUCUGAGAGAACAGCCUCCCAACAGGGCCCCAGGCUUCCCCAGGGACUUGUCCCUGUACCAAAGACUGUGAGAAGGGGCCAGCCAGGGGCAGGGCAGCUGCCAGCUCAGAAAGUGUCUGAGGCCUGCCAGGCUCAGCCCCUCCAUACUGUGGGUGAGAGGCAGCUCCCUGCAGGAGUUGCCCUGUCCAGCUCUGGCAAACCCAGUGUGUCUGACCCAGCCAUGUGGGAGCCCUCGUGGGGAGCAAGCCUGACCUGUGGCCGGCUCAGCAAACAGCCACCAGCAGGACAAUACAGGGCUUUGGCUUCCCAUGGGCACAACCGGAGAGCAUGGGCUGUAAAGGAAGAGCAGGUGCAGCUGUGGGCAGCAGAAAUCCUCCUGGCCUUAGAGGGACUUCACCAACAGGGGGUAUUGUGCCGGGACCUCAACCCCAGGAACUUGCUGCUUGAUACAGCUGGUCAUGUCCGUCUCACCUUCUUUGGCCAGUGGACAGAGGUGGAGCCCCAGUACUGCAGCCAGGCACGGGAAGAGCUGUACAGUGCUCCAGAAGUGGGGGGCAUCAUGGAACCCACCGAAGCAGCUGACUGCUGGAGCUUUGGCUCUCUCUUGUAUGAGUUGCUGACAGGAGUGCCACUCUCCCAAAACCAUCCAUCAGGAAUUCAGCCUCAUACCCAGCUGCACCUGCCAGAGGGCCUCAGCCUGGCUGCUACAUCGCUGCUUACUGAGCUCCUGCAGUACAAUCCAAAACGGCGCUUGGGCUCUGGAGGAGGUGGAAUAACAAAGCUGAAGUCUCAUUCCUUCUUCAGCACAGUCCCAUGGAACAAGCUGGUGGGCUAGGUAGUCUGUCCUUCCCCCAGGAAAGGGGCCCUGGGCUGCUUCCCUGGCACUUGUGAACCCACAUGGCACUGGCAGCACUGCCUGCUGGGGAAGGCUUGCCUCAAGGGCUGGGGUACACAUGAGGUUUUGCAGUCUUACAUAUCCUCUGUCUCUGCUUGUUUGUUGGCAUCUCCAAAUAGGAGGCAUCAGGCUGGGCCAGGCUGUCUUCUCCAGGUCCUCCCUGGUGGGAAAAGGAACCUGGAUGCCCACCUCCAAGAAGUGGUGGUGUUCCUCUUCUUGGGACAUCCCUUCCUCAGCUCAGCACUCUGCCCUGGAACUCCCUCCCUGUGUUUUCUAUCCUCACAGUAACCCCCUGCUCUGUUCGUUUUUGUGGCUUUCAAAUGCACCCUGCUGGGCCCUGCUGGCUGGAGCCCAAGCCCUUGGUCUCUGCCCCUUCCUGACUGCAUGGUGGGGGGGGGGGGGUCGGGUCAGUCAUCCCUGCUGCAGGGUUGAGACAAGGAGCAGCCCUCUGCUUUUCUCCCCCUUGCCCUCUGAAAAAAAUAAACUACUCAGUAUCACUUAGAGAAGUGUCCUUUUGUUUCUGAGCUGCAUCAGCCAGGUGUAGGCCAAGCCUGCUGAGUGACCCAAAAAGAGACCUAAAUCUGUUUCUGAAACCUGCCAUGAGCCCUGGGUCGGUGUCACCCCCAGCCAUCAGCACUCUGCAGCUAAACCCCAUGUGGCACUGGCACCCUUGUGCUCCUCCCUGCCUCACAGCCUCUCAGGUCUGCACAGCUGUAUGGCUGCAGCUCAGAUUUGGGAGAAAUGCCUGGGUUUUCUUCCAGCCUUUUGUCAUUGUUAUGUGUUGUGGCUCCAGCCUUCCAAGUUUGGGUGCUCCUUUCCACUGGCAGGACAGCAGCCCUCCCAGCCAUGCUCUGAGCACAGUCAUCCCUGGCAGACCACACAGGGAGGAUUUAAAGGAGUGAACUCUGAGAGCCAGCACCGAGGGAAGGAGGCCAAGUGUACAUACAUUCUGGAUUAAAGAAAAAGCACAAACACAUGUGUCUGCUGACAGCCCAAGGUGGAGGCUGCUGCGCUCAGUUGUGCAAGUCAAAGCCACAGGCUGAAGGAUGAACUCGCAAUGGCAGUGGGGCAGUUCUGUCCCUCCCCUCCCACUCUAUAGUAAGGAAUUACUGGUAUCAGCAACACGUCUCUGUGGCUAACUGGUUCCAGCUCCUGCUUGCCCGCAGCAGUAAAGAGACCCUCCCAGGCAGCAGCAGGAGCACUCGUCCACCAGAGGGAAGCAGAGCUCUGGACAAACUCAUCUACACCAGCAAAGGUACAGACACCUCAACUGCUGUGCAGAAACUGGGGGACUGAGCAGGGAGCUGGCUACUGAUGCCACAGAAGGCCAGAGAGCAGGAGCAGCUGAGCCUGGGGCUUUUCCUCUCCCUGGUAGCCUGCACUGGCUGAACCCUCCAGCUGCAGCCUUGCACCCCAAUCCACCAGCCUCCUAAUCCUGUGAUUCAAGGGAGGCUCAGGAGGAAGGCCCCUGUGUCCAAAGCCACAGCACGACAUCUUGCAGCUCAGUGCCAUGGGUAUCAUCCAAGUGAGUCAAAAGAAGUUUCAAGCACUACUCUCUUACAGCAAGCAUUGACAGGGCAGAUUACAUUAAGCAGUUUGCU